AUGUCGGUCUACGUUCCUCCUCCUCAAAUGUCUUCACACAAUCCCACUCCCAUUACUCAACAGGGAUAUCAACAUGCCCAACCCCAACAACCUCAUGGUCAACAUAGUCAAUCGAUCUUUCCCCAACAACACCAAGCUACCAAUGGAGGAUAUCAAAGUUCCACUCCAUCUAACGUUACCAGUCCUACUCACUCCACUAUCACUAUCACCAACGGUACUACCAUUCCCGUGGUUCAUCCUUCCACUAUCCAAACUAUCACUCCUAUUCUUCAUGGUAAACCCGUUACCGCUACCGCGUCUGCAAACGGCGUGAUCGGUGUGGGUGGUACCCCUGUAGGACCUACCGCUACCCAAUUAGGAAGUGUAUCAGUCCUCAACCCCGUUAACCCCGUUCCAGGAUCAACCGCUCAUUCAGGAAGUACUUCAGUAUUUGAUAAAUCAGGUAGCAAUUCUGUCCUCGAGCAUGCAUCUGGAGCUACCUCCAUUCUACUUGAGCCCAAAUCGAACCAAGGUCAAUCGGAAACCAGCGGUGGUGUUAUAGUCUUCAACCCUUCUUCGACUUCUUCGGGUAUCAAAGCAGACGGAGGUCCAAUCGUCCUAGCUCCUCCAGGUGGUGGACCAAUAGUCGUCGUCGAUUCUAAGCCUAAUACCAAUACCACUGAAUCUAACGGAGCAACUGUAGUCUUCAAUCCUUCUGGAACCCAUGGAGGCAACUCCUCCAUCGCCCAAUCAGGGAGUAACACAGUUUUCACCUCAUCCGACUCUGCCAUCGCUCGAUCUGGUGUUCUACCAAUCCCUCAGGAAAUCAUCGAUAAAGUCAAGUGGGAAACUGAAGCAUGUUUUUACGUCCCUAUUGCCGCUAAGGAAUUAGCAGAGAAAGGUGUCAUCAACCUACCCCUCAACGAAGAUGAGAAGACCAAGGCGCAUCAAUUGUUGGAUUACUGUUUGUUCGGUGAGGGGGCGAAUUUGUAUAGGAACGUGUUGGCCAAAGGGGAUGCGUUGAGAUUCAGAGAGAAGCUGGAUAGCUUUGAGAAGAAGGCCGAACACCAAUCGACCGAUAUCAACAUCGGUUCAAUCAAAGAUCAACUCAAGUUCGAACUCAAGAAUGAACUCCUCGCCCAGCUCAAAGCGGAACUAGGAGCUGAACUUUGA